AUGACCAAGUACAGUCUCCCUCCAGUGAUCAACAUGUCCACACUGAAGCCGUCCACAACAAAACAAGAACAAACACCGCGAGGCCCACGUCGAGAGAAAAAACCACCUCUGACCCAUUUCCUAUGCCUACCGCUGGUCAACACGGAAUCACUACCCCAGCUCGAAGCCUCACUCGCGGCAUUUGCAGCGGCGCAUUGCCCACCCGUCGCCAAAACGCUUGCAGAUGGUCAACCUGGAACACAGGCGCAAGAUGAUUCUAUCUGUACAAUCCCCCAAGGCGCAAUCAGACCCGUGGGUACAAUCCAUCUCACACUGGGCGUCAUGAGUCUCCCCACCAAAGAGAGACUGAACGAAGCCAUCUCUUUCUUCAACUCCCUCGACCUUGCAAGCUUAAUGCGAGAAGCUGCCCGAGUAUCUCGUGAGUCACUUGAAAAAAGGCGCGCUGUAAAGACAAUAGCGUCUGCGCAGGGGACUAAUGCUUCCAUGCCGGGCUGUCUAGCCAGCUCGGAUACAUACCCUUCUGACUCCGAGGGGAUUCACGGCCCUAUUCCAUCUCUCAGUGUCUCCCUGGAAUCUCUCCAUGCUCUACCACGGGCCAAAGCCGCUACUGUUCUCCACGCUUCGCCUGUUGAUUCCACGGGCCGAUUGUAUCCAUUCUGCGUGAUGCUGCGGGACAAAUUCAUCGAAGCGGGAUUCAUCCUCAACGAGGCUAAGAGUGAAACGUCCAUGAAAACGAAUGAUUCGAAAAACACCGUAGGAGUUGAAAACCCCCCGUGCAAAGAUCUCCAGGGAGAUCAAAGUGUUUUUCGCAAAGAAUUCCUAACGUCCUCGGCGGAGACGGAGCCUACGUCUUCAAGUACACAUUGGGAUCCGUAUGCCGCUGCCCUGGCUCGCAAGCCCAAACCUCGUCCGCUACUCCUGCACGCCACGCUUAUCAACACAAUCUACGUCCGUGGUCGAGAAAAAGCGAAGAAUGGUAGUCACGGGCGAAACGGGAGCUCCAAGAGAUUUGAAUUUGAUGCGCGCAGCAUCCUCAACAGAUAUCGGAAUUAUUACAUUGAUCAGACGCGGUCGAUACCCGUCGGUAGCAGAUCGAGUGCAGAGGGAGAUGGGAAUGGGGAUGUUGAUGCAGGGGAAACGUGCUCGUCUCUUGCCUCUGAGGAGGAGAAGUCGCAAUCCAAUCACAAAUCUGAGGAAAGCUGUAUCCCUGAUACGCCUCCUACGAGAUCGAAAUCGCAACCACUUUAUCCAUUUGUUUGGGCGAGAAAUGUCCCUAUUGGCUCUGUCUGCAUCUGCGAGAUGGGGGCAAAGAAGUUGGAAAGUGGCGGUGCUGGCGAGGGGGGUUUGAACGCCCGGCUGGGUGAGCAGUACAUCGUUGUCGCGGAGCGAAGGAUUGAUGCGGCUCAACCGCCGGUGCAGUCAUCAUCGCCGUGCCCAAUCAUAGUGUGA